AAUCAGCAACAGUUCUCGCAAGAAACUCAAACCGAUCACUCGCAGUCCCAAACAGUCAAUACAGACCAAAACUAGCCCAAAAUGUUCAAGUUGGUGGUAUUGUCUGCUCUGCUCGCCGUAGCCGUUGCCCGUCCCGGUCACCUGUUGGAGUCCUCCCCGCUGGUCUAUGCCGCCCCAGCUGCGACGACCGUCGUCCAGGAGCCCGUGCUGGCCAAGGUGGGUGCAGUGGUGAACAGCGUUCCCACUUCCGUCUCCCACCAGAGCCAGUCGGUGGUGCACAGCCACUCGCAUGUGGUGGAGGACAUCGUGGCCCCGGUGGUGAAGUCCACUCCGGUGGUCAGCUAUGCCGCUGCUGCUCCAGUUGUCCACACUAGCUAUGCCGCUGCUGCUCCCGUUGUCCAUGCCACCUAUGCCGCCGCUGCUCCAGUUGUCCACACCAGCUAUGCCGCCGCUGCUCCCGUUCUGGCCACAUCCUACGCCCAAGUGGCCGCCUCCUCGCCGCUGACCUACACCGCCACUGGUGUGUGGUUUGUCUCCCUUUCCAGCGACACAGUCGAAGAAGUUAACUCUCAACCAAAAUGUUCAAAUUUCGUUCUCGCUGCUCUUUUGGCCGUGGUUGCCGCCAAGCCCGGACACCUGGCUGCUGCUCCUCUGGUCUACAGUGCUCCUGCCACCACCGCCGUCAUCCAGGAACCCGUGCUGGCCAAGGUUGGAGCCGUUGUGAAGAGCGUGCCCACGGCCGUCUCCCACCAGAGUCUGACCCAGGUGCACAGCACCCCGGUGGUCGAGGAUGUGGUUGCCCCGGUGGUCAAAACCACCGCUGUGCACCACUCUGCUCCUGUGGUGGCUGCCGCCCCCAUUGUGAAGACUGUGGCCCCCGUCGCCUACUCCGCCCCUCUGGCCUACUCCGCCCCGGUGGCCUACUCCUCGUACUCCUCCCCCCUGACCUACUCCGCCCCCCUCAGCUACUCCGCCCCCGUGGCCUACUCCGCGCCCGUGUCCUACGCCGCCCCCGCCCCCUGCUGCACCACGCCCCCCUCGCCUAUGCCGCCAGCUCCUGGUAAGGCGUUGAGAACAAAAGAUUUUGAACUGUGCCUUGUUUACUAGUUAGCAAAACCCGAAAACGAACAAAUAAAUUAAAUGUGAAUAUCGAACAAA